GAAACUCCCAAAGCCAUUUUUUUCCUUUUCAUUGACGAUUUCAAACCGCCUUUUUCCCUCAUUAUAUAUAAAUACACAGAGCAAUUUCCCGACGUUGACUGAGAAGAAAUCAAAAUCCGUGCCCUACUCCAUUCCAUUUUUUCAUCGAUUCCACAGAUUUCUCCCGUUCAAUUUCCCGAUGCGAAGCAGAAAUUAACGAAACAGAGGAAGCAGAGGCCUCCGCAAAAUGCAGGGCGGAAACCACUGGGGAGGGCCGCUCGAGGUCACCAACAAUGGCGGCAACGGCGCCGACGGCGGCGGCGAUCAGGACCGGAUCGCCGAGGAUUGGGACCGAGCGGCGCUCCGAUCGCAAUCGUUCCAUCAGAACAACAACCAGGAGCUGGACGAGACGCAGCGGAGUUGGCUGCUCGGCCCGCCGGAGGCGAAGAAGAAGAACCGUUACGUUGACCUAGGAUGCGUAAUCGUCUCCAAGAAGGCUCUCAAAUGGAGCUUCUUCUCGAUUUUGAUCGCGUUCUGCGUGAUCGGACUGCCGAUCAUAAUCGCCAAGACUUGGCCCAAGCACCGCCCGCCGCCGGUGCCGCCUGAUCGGUACUCUCAGGCGCUUCAUAAAGCUCUCCUGUUCUUCAAUGCUCAGAAAUCGGGGAGAUUGCCAAAGAAGAAUUACAACAUAACAUGGAGAGGGGACUCGGGGCUGACGGACGGGAACGACACGGUGGCGAAGGGAGGGCUGGUGGGCGGUUACUACGACUCCGGCGAGAACAUGAAGAAUAAUUUUCCGAUGGCUUAUUCGAUGACGAUGCUGAGCUGGAGCUUGAUUGAGUACAGUCACAAGUUCCACGCCAUCGAUGAAUAUGACCACGUCAGAGAGCUCAUCAAGUGGGGCACUGAUUACUUGCUCUUGACCUUCAAUUCCUCUGCCACUAAAAUCACCCAAAUUUACUCUCAGGUGGGCGGGUCCCAAAACGGGUCGCAAGUGCCGGACGACUGGACGUGCUGGCAGAAGCCGGAGCAAAUGGAGUACGAGCGGCGAACGCAGACGACGUUCCAAGGUCCCGACGUCGCCGGCGAGAUGGCCGCCGCGCUCGCCGCCGCCUCGAUCGUGUUCCGCGACGACUCCGGCUACUCGAAAGCCCUAAUCAGAGGCGCGGAGACGGUAUUCGCGUUCGCGCGUGACUCCGGGCGGCGGGCACGGUACAGCCGCGACAACGCGUUCGUGGCGGCGGCGUACAACUCGAGCGGGUACUACGACGAGUACAUGUGGGGGGCGGCGUGGCUGUUCUACGCGACGGGGAACACGUCGUACCUGGAGCUGGCGACGCUGCCGGGAAUCGCGAAGAACGCAAGGGCACUGAACGUGACGGCGGCGGGGAGCGUGCCGAGCUGGAACAACAAGGUGCCGGCGGCGAUGGUGGUGCUGACGAGAGUGAGGAUGAUGCUGAAUUUAGGGUUUCCGUACGAGGAGACGCUGAGUCAGUACCAAACGGCGACGGGGCUCAAUAUGUGUUCUUAUCUCAGGCAAUUUCGCGUCUUCAAUUGGACCAAAGGGGGAAUGAUGAUUAUGAACAAAGGGCAGCAACAGGCACAGAAUCUGCAAUAUGUGGCGAAUGCUGCUUUCUUGGCCUCUCUUUUUGCGGAUUACUUGAACUCCACUGGCGUCCCUGGCUUCAACUGCGGCCCCAACUUCAUUCCUUCAUCCCUUCUUCGCAACUUUGCUACUUCCCAGAUCGAUUACAUUCUGGGCAACAACCCGAUGAACAUGAGCUACGUUGUUGGCUUUGGCACCAAGUUCCCGAGACGAGUGCAUCACCGCGCUGCAUCCAUUCCCAGCGAUAACAAGUACUACUCGUGCAAGGGUGGAUUCAAGUGGCGAGACAAUGCUGGUCCCAACCCCCAUAACAUCACCGGCGCCAUGGUCGGUGGCCCCGAUCUGUUCGACAAGUUUCACGACGUGCGUAGUAAUCCCAACUACACCGAACCGACUUUGGCUGGAAAUGCUGGCCUCGUUGCUGCUCUUGUCUCUCUCACUACCACGGCAGGCGUUGGCAUUGAUAAGAAUACCAUCUUUUYUGGGGUUCCGCCGCUCGGCCCCAAAACGCCUCCCCCGCCGCCACCGUGGAAGCCGUGACCUUCACUGGGCCAAGAAAAACACCCCUUUUCCCCUCUCUUUUCUCUUUUGGGGGUAAUUUUCUUUGUUUGUAUUAAAUGGUUUGACUUUCUCAUGUUCAUUAUAAAAAUUUUCUACACAAAAUUAAAAAGAGUAGAAGUAGUAACAACUUCCUUGCAAAUAGUAGUAACAACUUCCUUGCAAAUACUUAUUUAUCAUAGAAAAUAUACCAACACUCACCUACAAAAACUUUUACAUUCAUAUGAAAUUGGUUUCUUUAUUGAUUGCCAAUUUGGAGGAUCGCCAAUUAUGAUGUGGUCAAGUACCACCUACUUGGUCUUAUAUAAAUAUACCAACUUU